CUGCAUGCGCAAGAUCAGUAAGAUGGCGAGUGUCUUGGCUGUAGACCGCUGUCAGUUUUAAAUCUGCAAAAAUCAAUUUGUAUAAAUGGCUUAACUAGAGGAUAUUGUAAUUACUGUAAAUUGUAAAUAGUUUCUUGUAUAGUUAGUGGUAAUAUUUUGUGUUUCGAAUCUCUGCAUAUUGUGUAAAUUGUGAUCGAUUAUUGUGUUUAUGUGCUUGUGCUGAAAAUCUAUACAAAGCCGACGCCGACGAACAUAAAGUUGAAUAAUUGAGAAAAUACUAAUUGUUGAUGCACUAGACUCCGCCAAAAUAAGCCCAGCACAAAUGAAGUGGUUAGGGGAUGGUGGAGGCGAUGUUUCAUUAAGAAGUGACAUGGAUCGCAGUCCUCAAAGAUCUCAAGAUGAUGCUUCAGUUGGUUAUGUUUUUCAAAGGCCUCCUGAUCCGGAAUUUUCAACAUUUAGCCAAAAACAACCACGUUGGGCUUUAGGCGACGACAGCAUUAUAGAUGUUAGUAAUAUUCAUGACAAAUGGAAAUAUCCAUCAACAAAUAAAGUGGCAACACCACCCAACAGUGUUUCUUACAUGGGACCAGGCAGUGCCAUGCCAGGCCUUUAUGACAUGUUACAUAGCAAAAACAUCCCUCCCGAACAACAACAACAGCAGUACAUAUAUUAUCCAAGUCAGAUGCCUCGAGGGAUGCCUGUGCCUCCCCAAUAUUUGCCUCAAACUUUGAGUCAGCAUCUUCCCAUGCAGCAGGGACAGAUCGCCCCAGCAGCCAAGAAACUAUGGGGUUUAGAAGGCAAAGAUGGCAAGUCUUUGGCCCUCCAUCAUCUUAAUCACCACGAUGGGGUUUGGAGGGAUUCCACAUGGGCUGCACCAGGCGACCAUGCGGUUUCGACGGCCCUGGCGAUGAGUCGGCGAACGGGCGGCGGUGGUUUCGCCGGUGGCGACACGGGCAGUAUAUUGUCGCCUCGCAGUUCCGAUACGGGCGGUUUGGGCGUGAAAAUGGUCGAAUACGUAUUGGGCAGUUCGCCAACGAAUAAAGACGGCGCGGGUGGGGGCGGGGGAAUGGUCGGUUUGGAGCCUCGUAUGCGUAGUCUACACCUCGACGAUGGCAAGGACGGCAAGGACAAACCGUCCACGCCCAAGGACGCUUCCGAAAUCAACGGCGUCCAAGGCAACGCGGUUGUGCAACAAAAUGGUCAAGUCAGUGACGAGGAUAAAGCUGCUUUUAAUUGUUACAGCAGAACGCCUGGGAGUAGGCAGCCCUCUCCUGCCGAAGAGGAGCUUGCCAAAAACGGCCUUGCGCCCCUAGAUCCUGGGGUCGUGAUACUUAAACCGCAAGAACAAUUGCCUCCGCAUCUUCAGCAGCUGCCUCCUCAUUUAGCCCCACAUCUCGGUGUUACACUCGCCGAGUCCGUUAAUCAGCAUUUCGAACAUUUUGCCGAUCAAGGCCCACAAGCACCCUACGACCAGCAACCACCCCAAUAUGCACCGCCACCACAACCCCACCAGGUCGACAGUGCCGUACUGCAGCAACAGCAGCACAACUUCGAUGUACAGGUAAGUGCUUCUCUACUUGUUUUUCUCGGAGAAGGAGGGAUUCAAUUGUUUCGAUCUCAGCAGAGCCAAGCGGCUGCCGCGGCGGCCGCAGCAGCCGCAGCAAGUAACCCUAGCGCGGCCCAACUGCAGCUCCUUCAACAGCAGCAGCAACAGCAGCAACAGUAUUUAGCUGCGGCACAACAGCAACAAGCCGCGGCCGCGUUCCCGCAGCCGCCCUACGUCCUGAAUCCGCAGCAAGAUGCGGCACCGUAUCUGUUCACAGCCGGCGUGCCGCAGUAUUACAACGUGGGCCCGUGGGUCUAUCCGGCCCCGCCCGCCGCGGCCGCCGGUCUCAUCCAGCAGGGUGCUGCGGCAGCUGCAGCGGCCGCAUCGAACGGUGCUCGCCGCCCGCUUACGCCCAACGGCACGGCUGAAGCCGCAGCUGCACAACAACAGCAAGUACAGCCGCAGGUGCCGGGUGGUUACAUUGUACCCUAUUAUGACCAAAAUACGCCCAUAUUGAUGGCUCAAGGUGCCGCAAUGAGAAACGGUACUCCCAUGAGACUGGUCAGCCCUGCGCCCGUUUUGGUUCAGCAGCAAGCUAGCAGACAGACUCAGGCCGCGGCAUCUCUCUAUUCCAGCACCCCGCAGAGUCUUUAUGGUGCAAACGUUAACACUACAGUCAAUGGGGGCACAUUAGGAGGAGUGGCCCAGGGAGUGGGUUCGGGACUGUUUCCCGCUCUGCACGCACCCCCCUCAGCCCCAUUCGGCAGCUCCUCGUUGGGAAACAUCGGAUCUCCCGCGACUACCACAUCCCUACCAUCAGGUUUGGGACUGAAUACUUCGACAACGGGUCGUCGCGACUCGUUCGAUCGGAACACAUCGGCAUUUUCGCCGUCCCUUGAUUACCGACCGAAAUGGCCGGCGUCCUACGGUUUAGGCAGCAGUCCCAGUCCCCUGACGGGCAGUCUAACGCCUCCACCCACCGCACCCCUUCAGCUGGGCGGUCUCGUGAACUCGCGAGUACUCUCGGCGGCUCCGGGUGCCGAGGCCAAAUACAGGAACUCGAUCGCAACAGGACUCACCGCGAAUGCCAUGUUCGGCUCGACGAACUCGCUCUUCACCAAGAUGAAUUCUUCGCUGACGGCGGUGAGCAGUUCGUUAGACAAGGGACCACAGGGACGGUCGAGACUGCUCGAAGACUUUAGAAACAAUCGUUUCCCCAAUUUGCAGCUAAGAGAUCUGGCAAAUCAUAUAGUCGAGUUCUCUCAAGACCAACACGGUUCUCGCUUCAUACAGCAGAAGUUGGAACGGGCCACGGCGGCUGAGAAGCAGAUGGUCUUCAACGAGAUCCUUUCGGCGGCUUACAACUUAAUGACCGACGUUUUUGGCAACUACGUGAUUCAGAAAUUUUUCGAGUUCGGUACUGUGGAACAGAAGACGACGUUGGCACAGAAAGUCAGAGGCCACGUGCUGCCGCUCGCAUUGCAGAUGUAUGGAUGUCGCGUGAUACAGAAAGCUCUCGAGUCGAUCCCGCCCGAUCAGCAGCAGGAAAUCGUGAAGGAAUUGGACGGCCACGUCUUGAAAUGCGUCAAGGAUCAGAAUGGAAACCACGUUGUACAAAAAUGUAUCGAAUGUGUUGAUCCAACAGCGUUACAGAUUUCCUUUUUAUUUUAUUUAUUUAUUUAUUGCUUCAAUUUUAAGUUUUUGUAUUUUAUUUGUUUAGGUUUGGGACUGAAUACUUCGACAACGGGUCGUCGCGACUCGUUCGAUCGGAACACAUCGGCAUUUUCGCCGUCCCUUGAUUACCGACCGAAAUGGCCGGCGUCCUACGGUUUAGGCAGCAGUCCCAGUCCCCUGACGGGCAGUCUAACGCCUCCACCCACCGCACCCCUUCAGCUGGGCGGUCUCGUGAACUCGCGAGUACUCUCGGCGGCUCCGGGUGCCGAGGCCAAAUACAGGAACUCGAUCGCAACAGGACUCACCGCGAAUGCCAUGUUCGGCUCGACGAACUCGCUCUUCACCAAGAUGAAUUCUUCGCUGACGGCGGUGAGCAGUUCGUUAGACAAGGGACCACAGGGACGGUCGAGACUGCUCGAAGACUUUAGAAACAAUCGUUUCCCCAAUUUGCAGCUAAGAGAUCUGGCAAAUCAUAUAGUCGAGUUCUCUCAAGACCAACACGGUUCUCGCUUCAUACAGCAGAAGUUGGAACGGGCCACGGCGGCUGAGAAGCAGAUGGUCUUCAACGAGAUCCUUUCGGCGGCUUACAACUUAAUGACCGACGUUUUUGGCAACUACGUGAUUCAGAAAUUUUUCGAGUUCGGUACUGUGGAACAGAAGACGACGUUGGCACAGAAAGUCAGAGGCCACGUGCUGCCGCUCGCAUUGCAGAUGUAUGGAUGUCGCGUGAUACAGAAAGCUCUCGAGUCGAUCCCGCCCGAUCAGCAGCAGGAAAUCGUGAAGGAAUUGGACGGCCACGUCUUGAAAUGCGUCAAGGAUCAGAAUGGAAACCACGUUGUACAAAAGUGUAUCGAAUGUGUUGAUCCAACAGCGUUACAGGUACGUUUUUAAACUUAUCAUUCGCGG